GCAAUGUUGGCUCUUGACUAAAAUUGGAUCUGCAUUCACUGAAGGGACGACGCUUGAACCAGUUAACCUCGUGCAACAGGAAGGCGGCAGUCACAACAACCACCCAGCUGACGAGAACGAAACAGCAGUGCGCAAUGGCGCGCUACAAGUCAUAGCAAUGCGCCGUGACGCAGCUGGAAACUCCUACUUGGUCCUGAGGCAAUGUUGGCUCUUGACUAAAAUUGGAUCUGCAUUCACUGAAGGGACGACGCUUGAACCAGUUAACCUCGUGCAACAGGAAGGCGGCAGCCACAACAACCACCCAGCUGACGUGAACGAAACAGCAGUGCGCAAUGGCGCGCUACAAGUCAUAGCAAUGCGCCGUGACGUUGAGCAGAAACUGGGUACGAUCAAGAGCCUGAUCGGUCGUAAGACCAAUCAAGUUGAGCAGAAACUGGGUACGAUCAAGAGCCUGAUCGGUCGUAAGACCAAUCAGGACAUCUGGGUUUCUUCAGCGGUCGCCUUGCACCACUGCUUGCGGCUUCCGCAGGAAGUGGCGCACGGCGACGUCAGCAACAGAUCGGGCUCCAAUUCUUUUGUCUGUCUCACGGGCGUUGGCGGUAGCUAUGAAAACGUUAGAUCGGGCUCCAAUUCUUUUGUCUGUCUCACGGGCGUUGGCGGUAGCUAUGAAAACGUUAGAUCGGGCUCCAAUUCUUUUGUCUGUCUCACGGGCGUUGGCGGUAGCUAUGAAAACGUUAGGAUGGUGCAGCUGAGUGAGAUUUUAGAUGGUGCAGCUGAAUGGCGCGAGAUUUUGGAAGGUUUCACCAACCCUGAAGGCAUGAGUUGGUUUCACAAAAAAG